AGCUCCUGGUACAGACGUCAACUAUUGCUGGUUGAAUAUGUGCGAAUAAAGAACUCGGAUGGAGUCAAGCCUUUUAGACUAUUGUUAGCCGUUGUCCCCGCCUACUUCCUUUCACUUCCAGGUCAGGGAGGUGUGUCUAAAAGUAAGGAGGAAGUAAAUUCGCCGGCGUUCGCAUGCCUCCCCCAAUUCCUUAGUGCGGCCUUUGCUUUUUCAGGGUCUCUUCACCCCGAAUCAUCUCUUUGGAAAAUCACUUAAUCUCUGGCUUUACUAUUGCCACAUCCUCUCCCUGAUUAUUUUCCUGCACUUCUAGAGAUUGAAAAAUACUGCAGAGGAGCGGGAGGAGCUGUAGUGAAAAGCAAAACUCCUUCCCUGGAGGGCCUCCUGGAGAAGGAGAACUGAGCGACAGAGUUAUGGAGAAGCGCCUGCACGAGGCUCAGCUGUACAAGGAGAAAGGGAACCAGUGUUACCGGGAAGGGAAGUACCGAGAUGCCGUGAGUAGGUACCAUCGAGCUCUGCUUCAGCUGCGGGGUCUGGAUCCAAGUCUGCCCUCCCCGAUACCUAAUCUAGGACCUCAGGGCCCAGCUCUCACACCUGAACAAGAAAACAUACUGCACACCAUCCAGACAGACUGCUACAACAAUCUAGCUGCCUGUCUCCUUCAGAUGGAGCCAGUAAACUAUGAACGAGUGAAAGAAUACAGUCAGAAAGUCCUGGAACGACAGCCUGAUAAUGCCAAGGCCUUGUAUCGCGCUGGAGUGGCCUUUUUCCAUCUGCAGGACUAUGACCAAGCUCGGCACUACCUCCUGGCCGCUGUCAGCAGGCAGCCAAAAGAUGCCAACGUCCGGCGGUACCUUCAGCUAACACAGUCCGAACUCAGCAGCUACCAUCGGAAAGAGAAGCAGCUGUACCUGGGCAUGUUUGGUUAAUAGAGAAGGAUGCUCGUCCACUGGAACUUAGGUGAACCAUUAAAGACCCAUCAAGGGAAAUCUGAGCCUCACAAGAGAAUUAACCCCAUACCUCUGACCAAGGUGGAUUUCUAUCUUGUCUAUAGUCCUCCACAAACUACCACUUAUACAGUCUGCCUCUUUUUUGUCUGUCCGUCUAUAUAUUUGGAUAGCUUUCAAUACAUGGUAUUUUGGGGGACAUUUACCUUGAGGAAUAGAAGCAGAAAACAUUCAUUAGCGGUGGGUGGAAUUAGUCAUAUCUAUGGCAUAGGUUAAUGAUCGAUGUUGUUAGAUGUAUUCCUGUACAGAGAAGAAGGCGAGCAGAGGAUGAAAUAAUGAUUGACAGAAGUUUCUUCCUUUGUUUCUGCAGAUGCCCAAAGUUAAAGUUACACAGGCCACAAACUGGGCAAUAUAUUUCUUUGGUGAAACUAUAGACAAUUAUAAAUUGGGCCCACAUGUCUUAAAAUGAAAAAUUUGAAAUUAACCAUGUUUGAUUAAAUUAAUUCCUUAUUCUUAAUAUUUCAUAUACAUUCAGAUUGUUUUUUCCCUACAGGAGUAUUUGGUUCCUAUUAUUUCUCUUGGUAAUUUCUAGUGUUUGUUAUUGUUUAUACUCAUCAUGAAUAUAGUAUACUUAUUUAUUUUUUCAUUAAACUCUUCUAUCUUAAAAUCUCUGGAGUCAAGCACUUAAGUAUUUAUUUAAUAACCCUUCAGCCUUCAUGCCAAAAAAACACACAAGUACACAUUUUAAGUUUUAAUAGGCACAUAGCUAUAUAUAGUAUGCUCGUUGCUCGUUUCUCUAAAACAUUAGGAAAGACAGAUUACUCUUUUUAGAAACAAUCAUAAAAGAGCAGGAUAAAAACAUAAAUCUAUUCUUUACCAGUCACCUUGUGUUUUACAAGAGCUCAGUUCCUUUAUAGAGGAGGGAAACAAGGAGGAAGAGUUCUUCUUUAGUGCUUUUUAAGCACUUUUAGGAACUUUCUGGAAGCUGUGUUGAGCACAGGUGCAGGCUGCAAGUCUGGUGCAGUCAUGACUCAAUAGAAAGCUCCAUCAACAAGGAUUGUCAUUCUACUCGAAUAAUGCCCAGUGUAUGAGUUCUACAGAGUAGAUGAGACCAUGGAGCACUGCCUCUACCUUUGAGUGGACGUGCUAAUGAUAAGCAUUAGCCAUCAUAUAACCUCAGACAGAUUUCAGGGGGGAAAUGACAAAACACCUUCGUCUUAUAGAGUGUACAUGAGUUCUUUCCCCUUUAUUAGUAAAACCCUCUCUCCCAGUGAUCUAGGCUUCAGGCUUCUCUUUGUUUCUCCCUCCACCCUUAAAUAAUACAACCAUUAGCUCACAACAGACAGUUUUUCUAUCAAAUAAUCUUAUGAAGUCCAAGGACAGAACUAACAAAAGUAGAAUAUUUUAUUCCUCUUCCAAGCUGCUUAAAUUUCUAAGCCUUGAUUGUUGCUAAAAUUUUGUCAGUUGCAUGGUUUGCAUGGUUUUGCUUUCUGAUUUUAUUUUGUUUUUGUUUUUUACCCCAAGACUUAAUGUUACAGUGAGCUAUCCUCUUCAUCAAUGAGGAAAAAAUAAAACUGAUAUUUAAAAAUG